AUGUGCUUCAUAUCCGGAUAUGACGAGAACGCCGUCGGAGUCAGCCCGUUCCCAUCCCGCUCAGAAUCCUGCCUGCUGGGCACGCGCCAUUGCUCAGUUGGCGAGAUGGCAGGUCUGUGGAGCAGUGUAGGCGUGUUGCUAUGGAAGAACUGGCGCGUGAAGCAGCGCGAGAGUCGCUUUAAUCGCGGGCGCUUGGGUAAGCGCUGGCUGUACCCGGCGCUCGUGACGGACAUCAUCAUCCCGCUGGGGCUGAUUCUGCUGCUUAUCCAGAAAAUGUGCCAAUACAACGCGCAGUUGGUGACGCCCGGAGGAGGGAUCCCGGGCUUCGGGGGUAUGCGGCGUGCAAUGGAAAACGAGAGUGAUGGUCAGUUGUUGCAGGCCGAACAAGCCAUGAUGGCUUCAAACGAAGGCGAUUUAACAGAAGAACUGACCCAAGGAGUGCAACAAGUAAAGCACGAAUUUGCGACAUUAUUGCUCACCGCAUUGCCUUUGUUGCUGGCGAAAAGCAACCAGAGUUUGGCCAUUUUGCAACGGCAAGACUCGCAACUGUUUUUGCAGCACCUCAACAGAGAAUAUCCUGCUGCAACUCAGCUGGGGAUUUCCAGUUACGCGGAUAGAACCAAGAUGAUCCCGUUCAACAACACUGCGUCGAACGAAGAAGCCAACCGCGUGAUGUUGGAGUUCCCCAUGAAAAGUGGCUGGAAUAUUUACGCCGGUCUGGACGUAAGAAGGGCAGAAAGCGAAAGUGAAGACGAAGUUCCGCUUCCCUUGGAGUUAUUGACGCUAUUCUACCAGAAAACCCUCAACGAUCCGUCCGAACAAGAGCAGGAGGACCAACUGGCCAAGUUUUUCUCGAAAGACUUGACUUUUAACCGCACGAUGAUGUUUCCCGACGUCAUGCCGUUCCAAAUGUCGCUCAACAUGUUUAUCCGUGAAAACUCCACCAAGUUUGUCAAUAACGAGAUCGUGGACCUCGACUCGCUCUCUCCGGAAAUAAUUUGCCAAGCGGUGGAUAAAAUGCUGGAUGUUGCCAGUCUUCAAUGGGGCGAUUUCCCAGCCACUUCGCCACUGGGACGAAGUGUGUUGGCGUGCAAAAUUGCAGUGAAAAAAGGAGGGUUAUCGGCCGAACUUCGCUACUUUUUGGCCAAUCUCAUCGCCAAGGCGAUCUCGAGCGACGAACUGGACACUUUGACUGUCUCGGCGUUGCCGAAACGUCCCGCAAACACUGUGGCGGGUCCACUGGAGGGCAAUAUCGUGUUCUACUUGGCCUACCUGUUCCUCUGGCCAUACGUGCGACUAGUUCGUGACGUCGUGGCGGAAAAGGAGAAGCAACUGAAGGAGUAUCUGAUGAUCAUGGGGCUGCCGGCGAUGUCUCUUUUGAUCAGCUGGUUCUUGCUCUACUUUCUGGCGUCGGUGGUCGUGUCUCUGAUCGGCACUUGGCUACUCAGUGGCAGUAUGUUUGCCGCGUCAACAGAUGGAGACGUGUACUUCUUCCUGCUUUUAGUGACAUUCGUGUCAAGUAUCCUGCUAUUCGGCCUCGCUAUCACCCCGAUUUUCACGCAAACCAAGACCGCAGCUGCGUGUGCGCCGCUAAUUUAUUUCAUCAUGAGUGCUGGCUCGUUUCUUCGGUCGCUGGUGGGGGACGACGUGGUGGCUUCAAACGAGUCACUAGCGCUGCUGCUCUUUGUACUGGACGGGAUCAGCUCCCCCGUGGUGUUUAUGGGUACAAUGCACGACAUCUUGGCGUUUGAUGCAGUGACGUUGGAGCGCAGACACAUCACGUAUCAUACCGUCGCGACACCUAUCCGUCUGAUGGCUUCACAAUGUGCAGGAUAUCUGCUGCUGGGAUGGUAUUUGGAGAACGUGUUUCCUCGCACCUACGGCGUGCAACAGAAGUGGUAUUUCGUCUUCCAGCCGUCCUAUUGGUUCCCUACUAAAGUGGAUCUAACAGGAUCCGAAGAGGAGAACGAAGAGGCCAUGCGACUGACAGACAUGGGGCGAGAUACUAUCCACGACCAAAUGGACGAGACGCUACGAGAACAGUCCUUACCGGAGUACUUGGAACAUUCCCGACCCACUCUUUUCGUCCAAUCGCUGUCCAAGACGUAUCCGAACGGGAAGGUGGCGUUGAGUAACGUGUCAUUCGGAGUUCGGAAAGGAGAAAUCUUCGGUCUGUUGGGUCCCAACGGCGCCGGCAAGAGCACGACGCUGUCGAUCUUGAGCGGCAUCUUGUCACCCACCAGCGGAGAUGCGUACGUGGGUGGAUCGAUCAGUGUGGCGAACAACCCACAAGCCGUUCGGACGAGUCUCAGCGUGUGUUUCCAGCAGAAUAUCCUGUUCGACAACUUGACCGUGUGGGAGCAUCUCUCGCUCGUCUGUGCUCUGAAGGCCACGAUGGGUGUAAAAACCGUGUCAGAGCAGACCCGGUGCAGCAAGUUGCAGCAAUUCGGACUGGACGAGAAGCGUGACGCGCUGGCGAAGACGUUGUCAGGAGGUCAGAAGCGUAAAUUGUCGCUGGUGUUGUCCCUUCUGGACUCGUCUCGCGUCUUGCUGCUGGACGAACCCACCGCUGGCAUGGACAUGAAGGCGCGGCUGGACACGUGGGACGCUCUGAAACGCGCCGUGACGCAUCGAGCGGUCAUCCUGACGACUCAUUCCAUGCAGGAAGCGCAAGCUUUGUGCGAGAAUAUCGGCAUUGUGGCGGAAGGGAAGCUGAAAUGCUGCGGCUCGAGUUUGUUCCUUCGCAACCGCUUUGGCGUGGGGUAUAAACUCACUGUGGUGCAUCACGACGAGGAACACGAGAGUGCGCACAGACGAUCGCAACGUGAACAGUGGGCGGAUCUUUUGAUGACGACGCUGAGGAAAUACGUGCCGAAUGCUGCGAUCGUGAGCGACAACAAGUGGGAAACGCGCGUGCAGUUGAAUGACGGCGACGAACAGCGCUUCGCUGCGUUGUUUCGAGAGCUGGAGACGAUGAAGAAGAAGGAGAUUAUCAAACGAUACGCCAUCGCAGCGACCGACUUGGAAGACGUGUUCGUCAAGGUGACGGAGGGAGAAGACGUGUAUUACCAUGAGAAAGACGACGUGGACGCAGCAGACCCUGUACGUACGAAGAUGGAGACGGACAAGGCCAAGACGGAUCUGCUCGCUGCUGGGAGCGACAGGCCACUUCCUGGCUGGCAGCACGCGACGUCGCAACUGCGUGCGCUGAUUAUCAAGCGUGUGAAGAUGUCGUCGCGCGACAAGAAGUCGUUGUUUGCGCAGUACGUGUGGCCGAUUGGCUUCUUCGCGAUCUUGAUGGCUGUUCUUCAGCACUUGCUGGACUCUCGCGGAUCUAUCGAGACAGUAACGACGCUGUCUCCGGCUGCUAAAGACGCGUCUUUUUUCAUCGCGUCUGCGUCGUCCAUGACCGAUUCAGUGGCCGAUUUAGUCGCACAGUUUGAGCACAAGUCCCACCCGAUAGUGUUCGACCAGAGCGCGACGACCGAGCAAGAAAUGCUGGACGCUAUUGCACGUGCCAACACGACGACGUUCUUCGCGGGGAUCUUCGUCUCGAACGUCAACUGGACAGCAGACAACACGGUCAUCUCUCCGGUCUUGUCGUACGCGCUCUACUACAACGAAACCGUGCGUCGGUCUCUGCCCGUGACGUUGCAGUGGAUGUCUCAAGCCUAUUGCAAAGCUCGCGCAGCUCACGAAAAAUCCCCUGGAAUUGACAAUUGCGACUUGGAAGUCAAGCGCGGCGUCUUCCCCAUUGAGAUCGAGAUCGGAACUGGCGUGACGUCGGACGAAGAGGACGGUGUGGCGCUGGACCCCGACGAGGCCGUGAACGUCGUACGACGCAUUAUGGUGGCGUUCUACCUGUUGAUGACGAUGAGUUCGGUGGUCGGAUUCUACGUCGCGCCCGUCGUCCGAGAGAAGGAAAGCGGCCUGAAGCGCAUCCAGUAUCAGCAUCUCGAGACUGCCAACGCGUCGUGUUUGUAUUGGCUUUCCAACUUCCUGUUCGACUACAUGGUGUACACGUCAGCGGCUGUCAUUAUUUGCGUCAUCCUCGCCAUCUUCUCGGGCUGUUUGACGGCCGAAAUCAUCGCUGCGUGGUUCGCGUCGAUGGCCAUUUUCGGCCUGGCGAUUCUCCCGGCGCAGUAUUUGAGUUCGCUGGUGUUUGCGUCGCACUCUUCAGCGCAGUCGUACAUGUCGUAUCUCUCGCUGUUCCAGAUCAUGGCGGCGUCCAUCGUGUUCGCCCUGUCCAUGAUCCCUGGACUGUGCACGCAGGUGAACUUGGUCACGUACGUUUUGCAGCUCUUCCCGCUGUACUCGUUCAGUACGGCGGUGCUGAACAUCGUGACGGUGUCUUGGGCCCCCAUGCGACAUCAGUGUCUCGAGGCGGGGGGAGAUCUCGAGACUAGCAACCCGUUCGCCAUGUUGGAAGGGCUGAUUGGACAGCCAAAGGUGUCGGUCUGGGCGUGGGAGGUCACGGGAAGCAGCUGGUGUGCGCUAGUGCUGUCGGGCGUGCUGUACACGUUGCUACUACUCAUCAUGGACCAGUACCAGAUGUAUCCUACGCUGAUGGAGCACACAGUGCGUCACAAACUACACUGGCUACGAGGCUUGCUCCCGUGUCGUAGACACAGUCGAGGGUACACGGAAGCGGACCAAAGUCCUGCCGCUUUCGACGAAGAGAGUCCCAAUUCCGACAUGGUGCGUGUAGUUCGAGUCUCGCAGAUCUUUAACCCUCGAAAGAAGACUUCGGAAGAACAAGAAGGUGCAGCUGCAGUGCUGAACGAGAGCGGCCAAGUGGUGGCUCUGGACGACGUUAGCUUCGCAGUGGAAAAACGCGACUGUGUGGCGCUGUUGGGCGUCAAUGGCUCGGGCAAAUCGACCAUGUUUGAGAUCUUAACGGCAGGAAUCGCCCCCACAAGUGGCAAAGCGUUGAUCGACUCGUGCGACGUGACGGUGCAGCCUCGAGAAGCCAGCGUUCGAUACGGCUAUUGCUCUCAGGGCAACCAUUACUUUAACGACUUGAGUGUCCGUGAACACCUCGAACUCUUCUACCGACUGCGUUGUAGUCGCAGCAACGCGUUGAUGUCGGAAGACGCAGUGAUUGACGAGCUUAUGCGACGUCUGGAUCUGUUUCCGGUCGAGAAAACGGCAGCUUCGCACUUGAGUGGCGGCAACAAGAGGCGACUUAUGCUGGCACUGGCGCUACUGAGCGACCACACGUCGUUGCUGCUACUGGACGAGCCGUCCGCUGGCGUGGACGUCGUGGCGCGACGACUGAUGUGGCGUGUGCUGCAUGAGAAGCGACAGAGUCUCAACCGCACGAGUUGUUUGUUCACGACGCACAGUAUGGAGGAGGCCGAAGCGGUGUGUGCGAACGCUGUCGUCCUGUUCAAGGGGAAAGUGGUGUGGUCUGGCAGCAUUCCAGACUUGAAACAGCGUGUGGCAAGAGGAAUAUCGAUCAGCGUGCGACUGGAUAGCGCCUCUAUUUGGAAUGCGGAAGAGAUCCAGAACUACACGCAGCAGAUCCGACGCUCGAUCAAAGACCGACCGACAACGAAUGCUCGUCGAGAGGGAUUGGAGAGGAAUAGUAUUCCAUUACGGGAGUUGGAAGAAGCUUACGAGUUGUGCCACAAUCUGUUCCAUAAGAACGGAGACGCCGCCACUGCUGCCGUCUCUCGACAGCAUGGCAAGACGUGGCUCGAGGGUCUACGCUCUCGCUUUGAGUCGGAUGAGAAUGAUGUGACUCCUAAUAAGGAGGAACCAGUUAUUCCGCUUGUCGAGUUCGUCCAGGAGUGGCUGGUGCAGGAAGCUUUCGCUGGUCUCGAGACGAGGCUCUUUAAGGACCAGGUGACGGCACGAUCUGGUGAGUUGGUGGUGUCUGCUGAACUCGAAACUGCGCGUGGGAGUGGCAGUAAUACGAGUGGAGUGUACGAAACCUCGUGCACCGACAGCUUCGGACUGGCAGACGUGUUCGCCAUUAUGGAGGACAACAAGAAGCGAUUUCACAUCGCGCAGUAUAGUGUUAGUGAGUUGUCGCUGGAGCGGGUAUUCGAGCAGUUCACUGGCUGA